ACAGACUAAACACCAGCCAAGAGCCACCCACCCCCGUGGCUUGCUGCGAUGGAGCAUCUCACUCAUAUCCUAGGAGAACCCGUGAUCGAUGCAGAAGAAGAAGCCUUCAUUAUCUUCUCGCAAGAGAUUCCUUCUCAGUCGCUCGGCUUCAUCGAUUCGCAAGCUUCUACGCUCGAGGUUUGCGUUGCAGGACAUGAUUUGACUAUUCAUCAGUCGAGGGGUCUUUUGACUUCGGAUCGGAAAGCUGGGACGACGGGCGCUGUAGUCUGGAAAGUCACCCCCCUCUUCGCCCAAUGGAUCUCCUCACCCAACAACUUCCUCUCCACCACCUCCCUCCUAACCCCAACAUCCACCGCCAUCGAACUAGGCGCCGGCGUGUCAGGCGUCGUAGCCCUCAGCCUGGGUCCACGCAUAUCGCACUACACAGCCACAGAUCAAGCCUACGUGCUCAAACUCCUACGGCAAAACAUCGCUGAGAAUCUACCUGUUGUAUUCCCCCACACCAACAACAAAGUGAAGAAGGGUGGUAAAUCGACGACGGCUAGCAAGAAAAAUCAGCAGCCGGCCGCUUCUUCUUCGGGUAUGAGUGAAGCGAGUGAGAGAAUUGAAGUGCGCAGUUUAGAUUGGGAAACAGACGAUGUGUCCCAAUUGCAGGCCGUAGAUUUAGUAGUAGCGUGCGAUUGUAUAUAUAACGAGGCGCUCAUUGAGCCACUGAAUUCGACGUGCGCGGCGAUAUGUCGGCUGCGGGGCGCUGAUGCAUCGUCGUCGUCGUCGUCCUCAGACUCCGCGAAUACUUCUAGGCCAACGCUGUGUUUGAUCGCCCAGCAGCUCCGUAGUCCGGAUGUGUUUGAGGCGUGGCUUAAGAGCUUUCAUCGGUUGUUUGAGGUGUGGAGGGUCCCGGAUGGGAUGCUGGAUGAGGGGUUGAGGGAAGGGAGUGGGUUUGUUGUGCAUGUUGGGAUCGUACGGUGAUAGAUGGUGGUGGUGGGAAGAUGUAGCCGCGAUAUAUUUGGGAUUGUUGAAGGAAAGUGGAAGAUUUUUGUAUUGAUACACAUCUUGAUUU